AUGCAGGAUUCGGGGACCGCGUUCAAUGCGCUUCGUCUGGGGGCACACUUUGCUAAGACAAAAGAGGCUCAACGAUUCGAUGCUAACAUUAAAGCUACUCGAUCUAGUUCUGAGAAACAAGAUGCCACUGCAAACGUUGUUACUGCAAAGACUUUGCCGUCCGCCUUAGAUUUCUUCGGUACUGCGGAAAAAGUUACAGAGACUAUAGCAACCAAGGAUGUAGCAGAAGUAUUGGAUAGUAGUGAGGGAUCGAGGGAAAAGAAAAAGGUCAAAAAGGCCAAGAAAGAAAAGAGCGAGAAGAAGUCAAAAAAGCGCGAUAAGAAGGAUAAAAAAGAUAAGAAGAGGAAACGUAGAGAUAGUACAGAUAACGCAGAGGCUGACCCCGCUAAGAUGACUAAAGAAGAGAGUUUAGCACGUUUGCGAAAGGAGUACAAGAUCAACGUAUCUGGCAGUAGUGACGUGCCAGUACCAUUUAGGACUUUUAGUUCGCUAACGGAUGUGUACAAGCUCAAUCCGGCCGUACAACGCAACUUAGUCACAUGCGGGUAUAGUGUACCGACCCCUAUACAGAUGCAAGCCAUCCCCACUAUGAUGGAAGGUCGCGAUCUAUUGGCAUGUGCACCUACGGGUUCUGGUAAGACUAUGGCAUUCCUGGUGCCGCUACUGCACGCCUUGAAGAGUCCCGGUAACGUCGGUUUCAGAGGUAUUGUGUUGUGCCCGACGAAAGAGUUGGGUAGGCAGAUUUAUAACGAGUGUGAAAGGCUAGCCAAAGGGCUGCGACUGAAGAUACACUACCUCACUAAGGCCACAGCCAGUGCCAAUAGUUUUGGACCGCAGACAAACCAGAAAUUUGACCUGUUGGUUAGUACACCCAUGAGAUUGGUGGGUAUGAUUCAGAAUUCUACUAUCAGGUUAAACAGUGUGGAGUGGCUGGUAAUGGACGAGGCGGACAAACUGUGGGAGAUGGGAUUCUUAGAACAGGUUGACGAAAUCAUAGCGGCAUGUGGAUCGAGUAAACUCAAACUCGCCUUGUUUAGUGCCACACUUCCCGCCAAGGUGGAGGAGAUGGCACGCACGAUUCUGCGCAAUCCGGUCAAGCUUAGGAUAGGGCCCACAAAUGCGGCUACAGAACUGAUCGACCAGCAGCUUCUAUUUGUGGGUCGUGAGGACGGCAAGUUACUGGCCAUCCGUCAGCUGAUACAGCAGGGACUUCAACCGCCGUGUCUAGUAUUUGUGCAAAGUGUAGAGCGAGCGAAAGAGCUCUUCAGAGAGCUCAUCUACGAUGGGAUCAACGUGGAUGUUAUCCACGCGGAACGCACGCAGUUACAGCGAGAGAACGUUAUCAAGAAAUUCCGUUUAGGCGAGAUAUGGGUGCUAAUUGCAACCAAUAUACUUGGGCGUGGUAUCGAUUUCAAAGGGGUGAAUCUCGUGGUGAACUACGAUUUCCCACAAUCGACUGCGGAUUAUAUCCAUCGCAUUGGACGAACUGGGCGUGCGGGCCGUCAGGGCAAAGCUGUGACGUUCUUCACCAAUGAUGAUCGGCCUAUGCUGCGUACGAUAGGUAAUGUGAUGUUAGAGAGCGGGUGCGAGGUACCGGAUUGGGUGAUGGAGAUUCCCAAGGCCAACAAGAAUCAACUGCGCCAACUGAGGGCAUUUCCCAUCAAGCGUAAAGGCAUAACGUCGAUGUCAGCGUAUGACAAAGAGAAAACUCGCAAUAAGCGAGACGCCAUUUCACAUUCAAAGGCGGUAAAGAAACAGAAAACGUAG